GGUUUAUGGAAGGGGGAUCGGUCACUGUUCAGUCUUAGCCACUCACGAUGUAAAAUAUUUGAGAGAAAUGCUAGGUCCAGGUUCCACUCUCUGAAUGUUAGAGCUGCUGCUGUCAAGCCUGAGAUAGAUUUUACAAAUCCAGACUGGAAAAAAGCAAUACCAGGAGGAUUUUGAUAAGCGGUUCAGUUUGCCACAUUUGAAGGACAUCCUUGAUGUAAAGUCAAGGCCGACUACUUUCUCGCUGUUAGCAGAGGUCCCCUAGAAGAUGGCAAUGGUGCACCGCAUGAGAUGCAAUUGGGCUAUGUGAAUGAUGAUGACAGAGCACUUCUAAAGGUUAUAAAAUUUGCUUCACCAACUUCUGCUGGAGCUGAGUGCAUUGAUCCUGAAUGCAGCUGGGUAGAACAAUGGGUGCAUCGUGCAGGUCCACGCAAGCAGAUUUACUAUGAGCCAAGGGAAGUAAAAGCUGCAAUAGUUACUUGUGGAGGCCUAUGUCCUGGUCUAAAUGAUGUUAUUAGACAGAUAGUAUUUACUCUUGAAAAGUAUGGGGUUAAAAAUAUAGUCGGAAUACCAUUUGGCUAUCGCGGAUUCUUUGAUGAAAGAUUGUCAGAGAUGCCUCUUUCCCGUCGAGUGGUGCAGAACUUAAAUCUAAAUGGCGGAAGUUUUUUGGGUGUUUCGCGUGGAGGUGGUAAGGUUGAUGAGAUUGUGGAUAGCAUUCAGGCCAGGGGAAUUGAUAUGCUUUUUGUACUUGGUGGAAAUGGCACGCAUGCAGGGGCAAAUGCAAUUCAUAAUGAGUGCCGCAGGAGAAAACUGAAAGUUUCAGUCGUUGGUGUGCCAAAGACUAUAGAUAAUGAUAUACUUCUGAUGGAUAAAACAUUUGGUUUUGAUACUGCUGUGGAAGAAGCGCAACGGGCAAUUAAUUCUGCAUAUAUUGAGGCACACAGUGCUUACCAUGGUAUUGGACUGGUGAAAUUGAUGGGAAGAAGUAGUGGGUUUAUAACCAUGCAUGCGUCACUUUCUAGUGGGCAAAUUGAUAUCUGCUUAAUCCCUGAGGUUCCUUUUAAAUUAGAUGGAUCAUAUGGAGUUUUGCAGCACCUUGAGCAUUUGAUUAGAACUAAAGGAUCAGCAGUGAUUUGUGUUGCCGAAGGUGCAGGACAAGAGUUGCUCGAAAAGUCCAAUGCAACUGAUUUAUCAGGAAAUGUGAUUCUUAGUGAUAUCGGUGUCCACAUCCAACAAAAGAUCAAAAGUUAUUUCAAGGGAAUUGGUGUUCAUGCCGAUGUGAAGUACAUAGACCCAACCUACAUGAUACGAGCAUGCCGGGCUAAUGCAUCAGACGCCAUCCUCUGCACUGUACUUGGUCAGAAUGCUGUCCACGGUGCAUUUGCAGGGUUCAGCGGCGUAACAACAGGCAUAUGCAACACUCAUUAUGUGUAUCUUCCAAUCCCAGAAGUCAUUGCAACUCCAAGGCAGGUUAAUCCAAACAGCAGAAUGUGGCAUCGGUGUUUGACUUCCACUGGCCAGCCUGACUUCCUCGAUGAAGUGAACAACACCGAGAUUGCCGACUUAGUGUUAGAUCCUAACUAGGAACAUUGCAAAUUGCAAUUGCAGCAAAUCAUCAGGAAAGCUGCUGGUUACGUUACUUAUACAAUUACUUAUACAACGAUUGGCCAAAUUGGAUGGUCUCCGAUUGGAAUACAAGGAUUUUGAAUAAGGAACCACCUCCCAUUCAUUUACAAAUUUGUAAAUUAUUAUUGAUUUCCUCCAGUAAAGCCGUGGGAAGUACAAUUCACUGAUGAGGGGUGGAUAGUGUUAUUUGCCCUGAAGAGAAAAUAAAACUCGUGCUUGUAAUCGAAUAUAUAGAUAUAAUAUAGUUUUUAAU